GUAAAUUUGUAAAAAAUAAAAUUAUUUUAAAGCCAACACAUACACUCUUGUCAAACCUCUUUCCCGCCUGCCAUCAUCAUCCUCCUUCCUCUUCCUCCAUCAAUGGAACUUCUUCUUCUCCUCUUUACUGCAAUUUUCUCUCUCCUCCCAAAUUCUUCUUCAUCCCUCCAAAACGACACCGCUUCACUCCUCCAAUUCCGCCAUGAAUCUGACCCUCACAACAACCUCCUCUCCAACUGGUCUUCCUCCGACGCUUGCGCCGCCAAUUGGGUCGGCGUCAAUUGCUCUUCCGAUGGCCGAGUUUUCUCUCUCUCUCUUCCUUCCCUCAAUCUUCGAGGACCCAUUUCUUCUCUCUCCUCCCUCGAUCAACUCCGUCUUCUAGACCUUUCCAAUAAUCGCUUAAAUGGGUCCAUUUCCCCUCUUUCUAAUUGCUCCAAUUUGAAGCUUAUUUAUCUCUCUCAUAACGAUUUUUCCGGCGAAAUUCCGCCGGAAUUCGGUGGUUUACAGCGUCUUCUCCGGCUAGAUGCGUCCGAUAAUAACCUACAAGGUCGGUUGCCGGUGGAAUUGAAGAAUCUCACGCGGUUGCUCACUUUUCGGGCACAAAACAACGCGAUUUCUGGGAUUAUCCCUGAUUUUUCGGAAACCCUAACUCAGCUUAAGGAGCUUAAUUUAUCGAAUAAUGAACUGUUUGGGAAAGUCCCCAAUGGGGUUUUGAAAAAAUUUGGGGAAAAUAGUUUUCUGGGUAAUGCUAAAUUAUGUGGGUUAUCUCCAUUACCAACUUGUUCAUUUUCUAGUGAUGAAGAUUCACCUUCUUCUCCUGGUUCAGCUUCCCCUGCUACUGCUCAAACAGUUCCUUCAAACCCCAACUCAAAUCCACCUUUUAAUGGCGGAAAAUCGAAAAAGGGAUUAAAUCUAAGUAAUGGGGGUGCUAUUGCCCUUAUUGUCACAAUUUGUGUUUUGGGUGUGAUUGUUUUAUCAUUUAUACUGGCAUUUUGUUGUAGGAGAUGUUGUUCUUCGACGGAAGAUGAUUUGGAGGAGCGAGAAAUGGGGAAGAGGAGGAGUAGUUAUGGUAGUGAGAAGAGGGUUUAUGCUAGUAAUGGAAGUGCAGGAGGUGUUGGAGGUGGGUUUGAGAGUGAUGAGACUAAUGGGACAGAUAAGAGUAAAUUGGUGUUUUUUGAUCGAAAGAAGCAAUUCGAGCUCGAGGAUUUGCUCCGAGCAUCGGCUGAGAUGCUCGGGAAAGGGAGCCUUGGGACGGUGUAUCGGGCCGUGCUCGAUGAUGGGGCGACCGUGGCUGUGAAGAGGUUGAAGGAUGCUAAUCCUUGUGCUAGGAAGGAGUUUGAGCAAUAUAUGGAUGUGAUUGGGAGGUUGAAGCAUCCUAAUAUUGUUAAGCUUAGAGCUUAUUAUUAUGCUAGGGAAGAGAAACUUCUUGUCUAUGAUUACCUAUCUAAUGGAAGUUUACAUUCCCUUCUUCAUGGGAACAGGGGACCAGGAAGAAUUCCUUUAGACUGGACAACAAGAAUCAGUCUAGUACUCGGAGCAGCUCGUGGGCUAGCUCGAAUUCACGCAGAAUACAGCUCUUCAAAAAUUCCUCAUGGCAAUGUAAAAUCAUCCAAUGUUCUCCUAGAUAAGAAUGGAGUUGCUUGUAUCUCAGACUUUGGCCUUUCACUUCUGUUAAAUCCGGCCCAUGCUAUUGCUAGACUAGGGGGGUACAAGGCACCUGAACAAUCUGAAACUAAAAGACUCUCUCAGCAAGCUGAUGUCUACAGCUUUGGGGUUCUUUUGCUUGAGGUGCUCACUGCCCGAGCCCCAUCUCAAUUCCCUUCACCAUCCCAACCCAUGCAUGUAGAGUUCGAGGAUGAAGAAUCCGUGGAUCUACCCAAAUGGGUUAGGUCUGUGGUCCGCGAUGAGUGGACUGCUGAGGUGUUUGACCCAGAACUCUUAAGGUAUAAGAACAUUGAAGAGGAGUUGGUGGCAAUGCUUCAUGUUGCCAUGGCUUGUGUGGUUCCACAGCCCGAGAAAAGACCAACUAUGAUGGAAGUGGCUAAAAUGAUCGAAGAGAUUCGAGUGGAGCAAUCUCCCCUUUGUGAUGACUAUGAUGAAUCAAGAAAUUCUACGUCUCCUUCGCUCCCCACCACCGAGGAGGCCGUGGGUGUAUACUGAUCAGUAAUUAUUUAAGGCUAUUACUUGUGGCUUUAUGCUUAAGCUAUGUUUGAUUUGUUAUUUGAUUGUUAUUUCCGUAGUCUUGUUGCAAGUGAUGUCUAUAGUAGGGCUCUUUCAGUGAUUUCCAUGGUUCUAUAAUUUAAAAUGGUGUGAUUUGCCUGUCCCUUGGUGAUUACAUUUGAUUA